AUGGUGUUCGGCAAGCCAGAAGAACUCCACGUGGAGUCGGAGCAGCCCCAGCAUAGUCAGCUCGCUUCUCUUACCGAUCAUGUCGCGGUGCACACCGAGACUUUCGACAUUAGCGACGCUGCCUUGGGUAACGACCUGUCAGCGAAGUAUUUUCGGAAUCCCAGAUUCAUUGGUCUCUUAGUUGGUGCAGUGGUUACUAACAAUGCUUAUAUUAUACCAUAUAUAUAUGCCGCAAACGCCACGCCUGAGAUUGUCGCCGAGUUUGGUGAAUCCAUUGCCAUAAACUGGAUCCCACUCGCCUACAAUUUGUGUUACUCAGUCAGUUUGCUAUUAUUUGGUCGCCUGGCUGAUAUCUUUGGGCGUCGAUAUUUCGUGAUCGGUGCCAACGCGCUGGCAGUUCUUGGUUGUAUUGUAUCUGGAACGGCACACAGCGCUCGAACGAUAGUCGGCGGUCAGGUCCUCACGGGUCUUGCUGCGGCUGUCCAGAGCAGCUUUACGAUCUGGCUUGCCGAACUCAUACCCAAAAAAAUGAGGCCCCUGGUUAACUCGGCGGUGUAUAUCUCUGCCAUGGUGGGGUACGGUCUCGGCCCAGCCUUGACGCGCCAGAUUCUCAACGCGUCCAACGGGAAUUGGAGAUGGGUCUUCUACUUCCCACUCAUCUUAAAUGUUUUCACGUUAUGCUAUUUUCCUCCUGGAUUUAAACUGUUGCACUUAGGCCGAUCGCGAUGGGAGCAACUGAAACGAACAGAUUUUGGGGGACUUGUUCUGUUCACAGCUGGCCUGCUUCUGUUUCUUAUGGGCCUCAGCCUUGGUGGCAACCUCUAUCCUUGGAAAUCAGCACGUGUUAUCGCCAUGAUUGUUGUGGGAGUUUGUACUCUUAUGGUUUUUGGCUUUUACGAAAUGUGGUAUACCGGCGACCAGAUACUACCUACGCAUCUAUUCAAAGCUCGCGGAUUCCUCUCGAUGGUGCUCUGCGCAGGUGUUGGGUCCUGCGUCGUUCUCUCGAGCGCAAUUCUCUGGCCGCAACAGGUGAACAGUAUUCUACCGGCUAACUUAUUGAAUGCCGUCCAAACUGCAUGUACACUGCUUGGUUUGGGGUUAGCCGGGGUCAUUUUGACCUUCGUUCCCUACCACAAAUACAUUAUUGUGGCAUGUGCUGUGGUUUUGACUACCUUUGUGGGAGCCAUGGUAUCAGUUCAGCCUGGGCAGACAUCUAAAGCCGCGACGUUCGUGGCUCUCAUUAGUGGGUCGUGCGGUAUCAUUGAAUCCGCAUCCAGAUCCCUUCUUCCUCUUUCCUGUCCGGACGAGGAUAUUGGCUCGGCCAUAGGGAUCCUCGGGACCUUUGGUUACGGGUCGUCCGCAGUGGCUACGGCCAUCUAUGUGGCAAUCCUGACUUCUAAGUUGAAGUCUAUAUUACCAGCAAAAAUCGAAUCGGCUGCUCUCAAGGCGGGGCUACCUUCGUCCUCGCUGGAGUCUUUGCUGGUUAACUACUCGACCAACAUGACAGCUGUUCCUGGUAUUACUCCAGAAAUAAUGAAAAGCGUAGGGAUUGCGGUGGAACAAGGUUAUGCUGAUUCAUUUCGAUACGUCUGGUAUGCAGGAAUUGCUCUGGGCGCAUGCUCCAUAAUCUCGGCCUUUUUCAUCCACAACUACUCUGAGCUUAUGGUUAGCGAGGUUUCGAGAAAGAUGAUGUUGAGCGCGAAGGAGCAGCCCAUGAUGGCUCGGUCGGAGGCGCAUAAAAUACGCAACGAUCAAUCACGAGAGUUGUUCUCGACACUCGAGAAGACGAGCAUCCUACCACCAACCGGGAAGAUGAUCCCGGCUCGUGCAACGGAUCUGAAUAUAAAACAUGCGGUCGAGGAGAUUCCAAAUAGCAAAAAUGCAAAAAUCCAUUGGCUCGGAGACCGGACUUCUACAAAAGUGCUACUUUAUUUCCAUGGGGGCGGUUACGCCAUGCCUCCGAUCGAUGGUCACAUCAUCUUCCUGAAGGCAUGUAUUGAUCAAGUAUUUGAAAAGACGGAAGAGAAGCUAGUUGUAGCACUCCUGGAAUAUGCUCUUUCAACCGUUGAAAAGUACCCAACCCAACUUCUACAGGCAACGGAAGCCUUGCGAUUUGUUCUUGCCGGAGGAUUUGAGCCAGCUGAUGUGGUUAUCGGAGGAGACUCCGCUGGUGGUAACAUGUCUCUGGGCCUAAUUUCUGAGAUCAUGCACCCACUCGCAGGCCUGGCGCCGCCUUUGUCACUGGAAACCCCCUUAGCUGGUGUGCUCCUGAUUUCGCCUUGGGUCAGUUUCUCAAACGAGUUCAGGUCGUUUCAUGUAAAUACGCCGACUGAUAUCUGCACACCGGCCCUGUUGGAUCAAAUGGUCGACGCGUUUGUCCUUCCAAAGGACCGAAAUAAUUGGUCAGAGCCAUACCUGGCAGACCAGUCUUGGUGGACGGGCUUCCCAGCAAAAGACGUGUUGAAUAUUUGGGGAGAACUUGAGAUGCUACAGGACCCCGUGAAAGAGGUUGGAUGUAAGCUAUCCAAGGCUGGCGUGGAAAUCACGAAUGUCGAAUGUCCUCUCCAUGUGCAUGUUGAUUGUAUGCUGGAUGCUCAAUCAGGCCUAGAAUAUGGACUCAUGGCGACUGAGAUCUGGGACUGGCUUGCCAAAGUCUAUUCACAGUAA